UGCACGUGUUUGGAAGUUUUCGUGUUUUUCACUAUUUCUUACUGUAGUUGGCUAUAAAUUGUACCUUAAACAGCGAAGUAAACAGCACGAUAAUCAUGAAGAGAAAGAAAURGAAGGAUAAAUCGCCGGAGAAAGCUGUAAAGUCAAGGAAAUCGGACUCUAACGUCGGUGGAAAACUGAUGUCUAAACGAGUUGACGACGAAAAAACAUUAAUAGCUGAUGUAAAGCAACUAUUAAAGAAUCAAACGACGCUGUUAACAGGCCUCACGAAGCUAAGAGAUGCGCUCAGACAGAAGGAAGGAAAAGGUUUAAGUGUUUUUGAGGAGUUUGUUAAAAUGAAUUCAGAAUGUCCUGAGAUUUACAAAUCAUUGGAGAAGGGACGACAAAGCGAGGCACCUCUUGAGCUUCAAAUUGCACUUGAAGUCUUAGAAGAGCUUCUCRUAAUGYCYGCUGGCACUGCAAACUAUUCAGCCAUUGGAAUGUACCAUGUCAGAAGACUACUCCAAAAUCAUCUCAAGCUUCUGUACUCCUGRRUGAACCCUUCUGGUCAUCAGAAUAUGAUUYAGGGGGCUCUGAAGCUUCUUGUUGCCAUGGUUGCACAGGGAGCUUUUGCMGCAAGGGAAGUUGUAGCUGUUUUUGAUUUUACUCUGAAAGCUUUUGGUGGCCUGGUGAAUAAACGUGAUGUAAAGAAUCACCACAGCGUCAGGACAUGUUUUAUAAAAUUCGUCAUGUCCUUUUUAAUGUUUGGAGAUGAUGCUACUUUACGCCAUAUUCUGGAUAUUAAAGGAUUUGUAUCAUCUGUAUUUAAACUGCUACCCUCUGAUCCUCUGUAUGUUGUCACUAUGGUCGUCAAAACAUUGCAAGAAAAGGUAGUCAACAAUACACAAGUACCAAAGAAYACCAAAGUUCAACUGUUCAGCUCUUAUGUUUUGACCCAGCUUUCACGUCUUUACAAAUARGACGUCGGUYAAGACAAUGAUGAACACAYUGAUYGUGAAAAUCUACGAGAAAUGGUGCACAAGCUUCUACAGGACGUAUGUUGUACGUUCAAGUAUGGCAUUUGUUUUGCCAAUAAAUUAGGAAUGUUUACUGGCAGGUCCAACAAUCCAGUUUUACUGAGGUUUCUGCUGUCCAUCCCCAAGAAUGACCACAAUCCAGUCUUACAGCAGCUAGUUAUCAAGAUCUUGAUGUGRUGUCCAGACCUUGUACAUCCAUACCUUACAAGCCUUAAGAUUACCUAUGAACCAAGGCUGUCUUUGCCUUGGUUGACAAAUUUUAGCUUCAUCAUCAAAAUAUUUUCAACACUUCCCAUGCCAUCAGUGAUGAUUGCCAAAGCUGACAUCGAGCUUAACAAGGAUUCUCUUCUGCAACCAGCAUUYAAUACUGUCUUUCCUGUUGUAUUAACAAGAAUGAAUCUUAACCAGGGGUUGCAGCAUUCAAGCUUGCURGUCAAAGAUACAACCCUCACACUGAUCAAGUUGGUACUAACUCGAGCUGCAGACUUGUUACAGCUGUGCAAUAAAGACAGCUCUUCUUCAAAUGUGGAUUCAUUUUCUCAGCUUUUCACUGAUGGUCUCAUCAAAGCUCUGCCUGAUGUWAAAACUGUUGUCUCAUUGAGACAGAACUUGUUGGGCAGCAAAGAGCAAGUAGAAGAUGUCCUGGUUGUGGACAAAGAUGACCAGAUAAAUGAUGAUUCAAUAAUAAAAGAAUGCAAACCYUCCAAGCUACUGUGUAGUGCAAUACAAGUCCUUUAUGGCUACCAGAAAGURCAACCUUUCAUUUUGUCCAGUUUGAACUUUGACUUGGGGAAGCUGCUUCCAGGGCAAAACCAAUUCCAAGAUACCACAUAUUUUCCAGAAACUGUGCAGUACUACACAUUGAAGAUUCUUCUUGAUAUGCCACAAGGAGCUUUCAAAUGGUAUCACAAGAAGUCCAAGCAAGGUCCAUCUCAUAUGUACUCUAUUCUAAAGAUGUAUAUUACCUGUGAAAAACUUGACAUUAAAUCUACUGCUGAAAAUGUCAUCACCAAGUUUCUUGUUGAUGAAGGCAUUAUCAAUGACAGCUCACAUGAAAUACAGAUAUGGCUAAAACACUUAUACAACAAGAGUUUAGCUCCUGGACAAGAUGCAUUGCUUCAGUUCAUGGACUCUAUUUUCUUCUCUGUUGCUAUGGAGCCUUAUACCUACACUGACAUUGUCAUGGAGAUGACAUCGCAGGCUUCCAUAGCCAAUAGAAUCACACCAUUUCAAGACAGUAUAGAUUCUUCAUCAAGGGUUGCUUUCAGUCCAUUAGUUGUCAGAGCGUUGAUGGCUCAUGUUGAAUCAGUUUCAUCAGAACAAGAUGGUUGCACUGCAACGCAACUUGGUUAUAUUGCACAGUACAUCAARCUUGURGUCCUCGACUUUUUUCAUGUCAUGGUGAAUCCMUUGCCUUUGCUGUUGACUAUACAGCGUUUCUAUGGAGAUAUGAGGUUGRCAGGGGAACUGUCAAUSUUGCAUAYCACUCAUUAUUCUCUUUUKAAGUACGCCUCUAUAUGGAUUGGAAAUUUCAAUGAGAUGCAUGACAACAAAGAGGAAAAGAAGUCAACAAAGAAACUUCUGAAAUCCUUUUUGAAGAAGACAGGUAAGACAAUGGCGGUACUUGCUGUUGAAAAUCAUUUGCCUACUACGCCAUGCUAA